AUAGUCAUUGCUGCACAAGAAAGAAACAAGACGGACUGUAACAUACAUACGCCUUGUAGCAAUUAAUUAGGAACUGGUUAAUUAACCCAGUGGUUUACUGCACUUUUUGUUUUGCAGUCUGUGUGUUUUAUAUCAUACACAGGUUUGCUGCAGAUUUCUAUCUUUUCAUAAUUGGUUUUUUCGUGGUUUGCCCUAAUUUCUGUUAAACCAUGGAACUACGAGACGACAUUCUUCGUCUUGAGAGAAACUUCAAGAAAAUAAACGUCGACUCUCAGUCAUUUGAUUCUGCUUACUAUAGCAAUUAUUCCGCAUCUUCAAGCGGUUCGGUGGACAUAGAAGAAAAACCGUCAUCGGGGAGUUCAUGUAACGAAAUCCUCAGAUCUGACUUGGCUGCUAUUCCUGAGACUGGCGACUGUAAAGACCUUAUCCAGCCCUCAGUUUGUAAACCAACAUCUGAAGCCAAACCACCUUCGUCAAUAUCAUCAUCAUCUACUAUCAUCUCUCAUGAUGAGCAGGACGAUGGAUUUUUUACUCAGUCCAACGUUGAUGACUUAUAUAAUCAAGACGAAGACGGAGAUUCAGUUCUGCACAUGGCUAUUAUUGAAUGCGACGCCAAUCUCGCCGAAUAUUACAUAAUAAAUGUCAGAAUGUUGUCGUGCAAUCAUUUACUUGACUUGCAGAACAACCUUUUCCAGACACCCCUCCACUUGGCUGUUGUUACUAAACAGUAUGGUAUUGUUGAGCUAUUGGUCAGAAAUGGAGCGUCAGUCGAUAUCAGAGACAAUAAUGGCAAUACUCCCUUACAUGUAGCUUGUCGGGAUGGAGACUUUGAAUGUGUGAAAAUGUUGCUUGGUGCCAAGAAUAUUAAAAAGUCACUGAAUAUGCUUAAUUAUGACGGUUUGACAAGUAUUCAUCUUGCUGCUCUCCGUAAACCAUAUCCUACAGUCAGUAUUUUGCUUUAUGCUGGUGCCAAUAUCAAUGUACAGGAUGGAAAAAGUGGUCGAACUAUUCUUCAUUAUGCUGUUGAAUCAAAUGAUAAAAUUUUAGUUUAUCAACUCUUCAAGUACCCAGAACUAAAUAUUAAUGCUGUAACAUUUGGUGGUGUGACAGCAUAUUGUCUUGCUGAUGAUCAGAACAAUGAAUUGAUGAAGAACAUAUUGAGAACAAACGGUGCUUCUUUAUUUUAUAGAGACAGCAGUUCAGAGGACUCGGAUGAUGAUAUGUUCUUAUCUGGUGAUGUACAUAUGGACUAUCAACCUUCAUAGUGGAUACCAUCUUUUGUGUGCUAAGAAUAAACUAUUCCAUUCUACGAUGCUGCCGCCACAAGAAGCUGUUGGAGACUUUUAGGCAUCAAAGGGUUACUUCCAUGAAGUCUGCCACCUUAGAUGAACAUAAAUCAUAAAUGAUGCUGAAGCAAAGGAUGAAAAGCCCUGCUGAAGGAUGCGCAGAACUAGUAAACCUCAUGGAGACAAACUUACACACUAUCCCAUUUAUUCAGA